AUGGCUACUCGUGUUUAUAUUGGACGUCUUGCUCGUGACGCACGUGAACGUGAUUUGGAACGUCUCUUCAAGGGAUACGGCGAUAUCCGUGAAAUCAACAUCAAGAACGGCUACGGCUUUGUUGAAUUCAAGGAUCCUAGAGAUGCUGAGGAUGUCGUGUACGAUUUCCAUGGCAAGGACUUUUUAGGUGAAAGAAUCAUUGUGGAGAUUGCUCGUGGUACUCGUCGUGGCCGUGAAGAUCGUCGUCGUCGUGAUGAUCGUCGUUCGUAUCGUCUCUUUGUUGAAGACAUCCCUAGUGGCACCAGCUGGCAGGAUCUCAAGGAUUUGAUGCGUAAAGCAGGUGAAGUGACAUUUGCUGAUAUCAUUCGCAGUCGUCCUGGUGAAGGUGUGGUUGAAUUUGCCCAUCGCUCUGAUAUGGAAUAUGCUUUGAGAAAGUUGGAUGAUGCUGAUCUUAAUGGCCAACGUAUUCGAUUGUUCGAGGAUCGUCGUUCGUCACGUCGUUCUCGUAGUCGUUCUGUAUCACGUAGCCGUUCUCCACGUCGUCGUUCAUCUCGCCGUAGCAGAUAUUCGCGCUCUCGUACUCCUUCUCGAUCCCGUUCUCCUUCACGCUCUCGCUCUCCUUCACCACGUCGUUCUUCGCGUCAUCGUAGUAGCCGUCAUCGUGAAGAUGAAGAUGUUCGUUCUCGCUCUCGUACACCUGAAGAUGAACCUCGUAGAGGAGAUGAUCGUAGCCCUGCAGCAGAUCGUAGCCGUUCCCGUACUCCUCCUUCUCGUUCCCCUUCGCGCAGAAAAUACACAAAAGACUUGGUCAUGUGA